AUGACGCCCGAACAGCAUCAGAGACACAGCCACCACCGUCCAGUGCCAGCCAGCCCUACGUGCCCUGUCAGCCCGCGAUCCUUCCGCUUCUGGACAAACGCCCGACAGAAAAGCCUGCUUGCCGGGGACAACAAGGCUUCCCGGAACCUCUCCUCAUCCUACGCGGAUAUUUACCAUUAUCCCCACACCAUUCCUCAUCCAUAA